UCGUUUUGAUUUUUAUUCCAGAUGUUUGUCCAUGAUUUUGUCCCGCCGAUUUUAGAUUUUGUGAUUAUUUUUGCGUAGGAAAUUUAUUUUUCCAUCCGGGAGAGUUAUCAGCGCAACGAUGGAUGCGCAGUCGAAACCCGGACCAGGCUCGGAAUCGUCGAAUUCCUCAGCAGCUGCUGUAAAUUCCACUGUAAAUUCCACAACAAAUUCCGCUGCCAACACAUCCCUUCCCUUUCUCCAGAAAUAUUCCACUACCGCGUUAGACAAAUCCUUCGCCGACGAGCCCAUUCUCCCACCCCCGCUCAACACCAACUCGGACCGCUUCUUCGAGGAUCUGAACAUCUUCGACGACGCGGACAGCAAAAUGAAGCAGAAUCUCGAUAAUGAGCUGGUUAAAGUCGCUCUCGACCAGGGAAUGGAUAUGCGGGAUUAUGUAUCGGAGGUGGAGGCGGAGCUGAAGCGCGCCGAGGAUGUCUCGCUGCAUGAUUAUAUUGCACAGGCGUAUAACAUCGCGUCGCUGCAUUCCCAGAUCAAAAACUGUGAUUCCGCGCUCGAGGUGAUUGAGGAUAUGCUGCAUUCCUUCAAGACGAAUCUGAGCAACAUCAGCAGCGAGAUCCGCUCGCUGCAGCAGCAGUCGGCCAGCAUGAGCGUCAAGCUGAAGAACCGGCAGGCCAUCCGCGGCGAACUGAGUCAGUACAUCAACGAACUGGCCGUGCCCGAGUCCAUGAUCCGCCACAUCGUCGAGUCCCCCGUCACCGACCGCCUCUUCCUCGAGCAGCUACACGAACUCAACCACAAGAUCAACUUCGCCAAACAGCAGGCCUUCCAGGAUGCGCGUUCCGCACAGGAUGUGCGCGACGUCCUGAUGAAACUGCGCGUGAAAGCCACGGCGAAAAUCCGCGAAUAUUUACUAUCGAAAAUCCAGCAGUUCAAGAAGCCGAUGACCAACUACCAGAUGGCGCAGAACGCUAUGCUGAAAUGCCGCUUCUUCUACGAGUUCCUCCUCAACGGGGAACGGGACAUCGCCAAGGAAGUGAAGGAGUCCUACGUGGACAUCACCAGCAAGAUCUUUUAUUCCUACUUCAAAUACUACUGGACGCGAUUGAUUAAACUGCAGUUCGACGAUCUGCCGACCAAGGACGACGUGGUGGGCGCCGAUGAGUCCAGUAAAAAGGGCUUUUUUGCCGCGCAACCCCGGUUGAAAUCCCCGGUGUUCUCGCUGGGUGAGCGGGCCAAUAUCCUCCUGCCUGCUAGUUUGGAAGGACCAGUGCUGGUGCCACACACCUCGUCGCAGUCCAACCAGAAAUUCCCCCUGGAGGUGCUCUUCCGCGCCUACCAGUGGGCGCUCGUGGACAACGCCUCGCGCGAAUACCUCUUCAUCUGCGAUUUCUUCCUGAUGGCCGGCCAACCAGCCCAGGAGCUCUUCAACCAGAUCUGGGGCAAGACGCUGCUCAUCUCCCUCAAGCACGUGGAGGAGACGGUGGCCGGGUGUUAUGACGCCAUCGGCCUGUACCUCUGCCUGCAGAUCAUCGAGCACUACCGGGAUCUGAUGGUCAAACGCUGUGUGCCGGCGUUGGCGGCGUAUUUCGAGGGGCUGGUGGGGAUUUUGGCGCCGCGGCUGAUGCUGGUCGUGGAGGGGCAUGUGGCCAGUUUAAGGAACGCGGAUCCGUCGGCGUUUAAAAUCACCACGCAGCCGCAUUUUAUUACGCGCAAGUACGCCGAGCUGUCCGCCGCGCUGCUGGUCAUCCGCAACCACGGCGCGGAUAAUCCGUCAUUAAACACGCUGAUCAAGCAAUUGCAGCUAGAAAUGGACAGUCUGAUUAUGCGGAUGGCCGCCGAGUUCGCCGAGCGGAAGUUCCAGCUGAUCUUCAUGAUUAAUAAUUACGAUACGGUGUGGACGGUGAUGCAGGAGCAUCUGCAGGCCGACACGAAGGAGACCGACAACGUUAAAGUCAUUCUCGGCCAGCGCAUCAAUGAUUUCGUCGAGGAGCUGUUGUCGCCGUAUUUCGGCGCCAUGAUCGAGUUUAUCAAGCACAGUGAGGCCGCCGUGGAGCGCGGCCAGCCGGACGCCAUCAAAGCCGACGAAAAGAAAAUCGCCGGGAUUGUGCGGGGUUUCAACAACAACUGGAAGAAAGCCAUGGACGAUAUUAACGCCGAGGUGCUGCGGACAUUCAACAACUUCAAGCAGGGCACCAAUAUUCUGCAGACGGCGCUGACCAAUUUGCUGCAGUAUUACCACCGCCUGCACAAACUCCUCUCCUCCCUCAAUCAAUUUAAGAACCUUCCCGUACGCAACGAACUCAUCAACCUGCACCAUCUCAUGGUGGAGGUGAAAAAUGCGCAGGCUGUGAAUGCAGCGCGUCACACGGCAUUUUUGGAAGACGCCCGACAACGCAGGAAAAUCAUGCACCGAUUCGGAAUUUUUGUGGCGCUGAUCGCCGUGCUGGCCGCCACGACGCGCGCCGCUUUCCUCCCGGAUUUCGCCCAGAUCCCCGCGCUGUCAUCAUGGAUGGGGGAUUUUUUUCAAAACACCGGCGGUGUCCCGUGGCUGUCGUUGUGGCGCCCGCCCCGCGUGCAGCCGCGCGACUACACGGCGAUUAUGGAGAAACUGUGGGACAUGGAUGAGAACGGGAUGAACUAUCAGACCAUGGUGCUGGACAUCCAGAAUCGCACGCUGUACAACGCCACCACCGAUGUGGCGCCGCGCAAGUUGUUCAAGUCGGUGAACGAGACGUUCGUGUUCCGCAGCGAUGUGGCCAAGAAAUUCCGGCAUUUAUUGGACAACUACAACGAGCAGGGCGGCGUGGCCGACACGCACACCGCCGCCGAGAAAAAAGAGAUGGACGAUUUUCUGGAGGCGCUCUGCCAAACGGACAUCAUCAAGGAGACCCGCAAAUGGCUCUACGAUCAAGGGAAGCCGUUCGCCACGAUGGAGCUGCUGAAAGCGCACCUGAAGGAGGUGUGGUUCACGCUGUAUCCGCGCAGUAAGAACAUGACGCACGGCGUCCGCGACUCCUCGGCCUUCGAGCACGUCUUCCUGGGGGAGAUUAAGCGCAGUCAGCGCGUCAUCGGCGGCCUGCACAACUGGAUCGUGGCCUAUCUGCUGGAGAAGGGCGGCGAGUGGAAUUAUGCCGGCUACACCGAUAACAUUAAGGAAUUCCAGCCGGGCCGAUUCAUCUUCGGCGCGAAAUUCCGCGGCUACAAGAACUACUGGAAAAAUCCUAUGAGCUCUUUCAUUUUCGGUUCGUCGGUGGAGUUCGAUUUCGCUGCGUACUCCAUCUGCUACAUUAUGAAGCCGGGGAAGAACUGCGCGUUCAAAAUCCACAAUAAGAAAUUAUCCAUUAACACGCUGAAUUUCCUAAAAGGCUACAAUUAUAUCGACACGGCGUACCCGGUCGUUUGAUCUCAUCCGAGAAGGUGGAUGUCCCGCGCGUCAUUUGACUGUGAUACACGCGAUUACACAUAAAUACCCGAAUAAUUCCGCAUUUUUGUUUUUUUUUAACAGCGAUCGCAAAUGCGAAUUUUGGGAAUUUUUAUUGUGUUUUUUUAUUUGUACAAUAUUUAUUCGGAAAUCAAUGGGAAAUAAAAAAUUAAUAAAUAUCCAUCGAUUA